AUGUUCUCGGCGUUUGGUCCUCCUCCUGGAGGAGGUAAUAGCAACAAUGGAUCUUUCAACGGGUCUCUCACUAAUCCACCACCAGCCAAUGAUAAUAAUAAUAAUAAUAAUAAUAAUAAUAAUAAUGAUAAUUCAACCUCGGUCACCGAAGUAUCCAAUGAACCAAAAGGGACACUCAGAAAACUAUUUGAUGAAGCAGUGACUGCUAACCCUUACUUUGCUGCCGGUGGGGGGCUCAUGUUGCUUGGGACCGGGCUUGCACUUAUUAGGCUGGGGACCGUCAAGGCGUCGCUGUUUGUUUACCGUCAGUUGCUUGUGGAUUUAGAAAUCCCUCUGAAGGAUAAGCUGUACCUCUGGUUUCUUGAAUGGAUGUCCAAGUACAAGCAACGUCUGUCGCGUCAUUUGAGUGUCGAGACCAACUAUGUCCAACACGAUAAUGGCUCGAUCACCACGAAUUUCAGCCUCGUGCCUGGUCCCGGCAACCAUUUCAUCAAGUAUAAAGGGGCGUACAUGUUUGUGAAAAGAGAAAGAUCGGGGAAAUUGAUCGACAUGACCAGCGGUACCCCGUUCGAAACCGUCACUUUGACCACGUUGUACCGUGAUCGUAACUUGUUUUAUGAAAUGUUGAACGAAGCGAAAACUUUGGCCCUAAAGAGUCAAGAGGGGAAAACCGUGAUUUACACCUCAUGGGGGCCGGAAUGGAGACCGUUCGGGAAACCUAGACGCAAAAGAUUACUCGAGAGUGUGAUUCUUGAUAAUGGAAUCAAACAAGGGAUCGUUGAUGAUGUCAUGGAUUUCUUGAAAAGUGGUCAAUGGUAUUUCCAGCGGGGGAUUCCGUAUCGUCGUGGGUACUUACUCUAUGGUCCUCCAGGUAGUGGGAAAACCAGUUUCAUUCAAGCCCUUGCCGGGUCUUUAGAUUACAAUAUUUGUAUUUUGAAUCUUAGUGAAGCGAACUUGACCGAUGAUAGACUCAACCAUUUGAUCAACAAUAUUCCUCAAAGAUCGAUAUUGUUACUCGAGGAUAUUGAUGCGGCGUUCACCAAAAGACAACAGAAUAAAGACCAAGGGGCGAUGGGGAUCACUUUUAGUGGGUUGCUUAAUGCCAUUGAUGGGGUGGCUUCGGCAGAAGAAAUGAUCACGUUUAUGACCACCAACCAUCCAGAGAAGUUGGAUCCGGCAAUCUUGAGACCAGGAAGAGUCGAUUACAAAGUGUUGAUUGAUAAUGCUUCGGAAUGGCAGAUGUCGCAGAUGUUUAUGAGAUUCUACGGUGAAGCGGAAAAUGCCGACAAAUUGAGGAACGAGUUCUUGGAAAAAGUCAGGGAGUUGAGAAUCAAGGUGAGCACGGCACAGUUACAAGGGUUGUUUGUACAUAAUAAGAUGGAUCCCCAUGGGGCAAUUAGAAUGGUUCUGAGUCUCAAUAACACCAUUCAAGAGUUUUAG